AUGAUUAUCCUUUCAUCGACCAUUCACCUCUUCUUCAAGGUUUUCCUGAACAUAAUCUACAAUAUGCUUAUUGUACAUCACCUCCAGCGAUCUCAGUCCGAGCGCAUUGUCUGGCUCUGCGAGGAAUUGGGCAUCCCCUACGAGCUCAGAACAUACCAGCGCGAUGCGAAGACUCUUUUAUCCCCUCCAGCAUUGCAGCAGUUACAUCCCACACAGGCAGCCCCCGUUAUCCAAGACGGCGACACCACACACGCCGAAUCUGGGGCGAUCGUCGAGUACAUCCUGAGCAAGUACGGUGAUAGAAAAUUGACUAUUGCCCCAACGGCGGACAACUACUCGGAUUAUCUGUACUUCUUGCACUUUGCGAAUGGAUACUUCCAGCCCGCGGUGAUGGGGUUCUCCAGGCUACUCCGAUCGGGGAUCUCCCCCGAAGACCCAAGCGCGAAAUACGCCAAGCGCAAUUUCGACCAGGCGUUGAAGAUUCUGGAUGAUCGGCUGAAAAAGAAUGCCUGGCUGGCUGGGGAGGAGUUCACUGCCGCGGACGUUAUGAGUGUGUUUACCUUGACGACAGCGCGGUUGUUCUGUCCGUAUAGUUUGGAGGGAUAUGAGGGGAUUCUUGCCUAUCUGCAGAGGGUCAACCAGCGGGAGUCAUAUCAGACAGCCAUGGCAAAGGGAGAUCCUGGUCUGGUUCCUUUGAUUGGCGCCGAGAAGCCUCGGCCGCUGAGACCGCGGUUAUAA